AAAAAUAAAAAAAGAAAAAAGAGCAAUAUUUGGAUCUAACGCCCGUCGUCGUCCCCACCCCCACACCACAAAAAACCUCCUUCCCAUUUUCGGCCCCCAUGAGAAUACGACGGCACGCCAAAAUUUCCCCGGCGCCGCCCCUCCAAACCCACGCCUGCCAGCUCAAUCAGUCGCCGUGGGACGCAAUGGAGUUCGCCCCGCCGUCAGUUCCUCCUCAGCCGCCUCCGCCGCCGCCCAAGGCCGGUGCAGGUGCUUUCGCCGCCGGAAAUGGGAGCUUCAAUGACUGUUCUUGUUCCAGAAAAAGAGGCGAGAAGCAAUCGGAAUAUUCCUUGAAAGUGGAGCAGCAAAUUUCCCCGACGGCCGAGAAAAAUGACUCGAGCUAUGCCUACGGCCCGGCCGCUAGAAAACCCAAGGCCCACCGCCAGGCCCGGCCCAAGAAGUCCUCCUCCUCUUCCUCCUCCACCAACCCCUAUGAGUUCUACUACUACUCGGGCUUUGGGCCCCGGUGGGCCAAGAAAAGAGGCCCAAAUUGUGAGGCUGAUGAUAAUGGCGGCACCACUAACAAGAGGCAUGAUUAUUCGUGCGAAGAGUCGGAUAAUGAUGAGCCCGACUAUGAAGAGCUCGAGGGAGAAGAAGAAGAGAAAAAGGAGAGGAAAAGAGCAAGGAAGCCGAUCAAGGCUAGGUCUCUCAAGUCGCUUAUGGUCCAAGCUUUUCACGCCGGCGACAAGGUCAGUUUCUCCGCCUCCGCCGCUGCCUUUCCCCGUUUUACUAUUAGGGUUUACGGCGUCUCUGUAAUUUUCGUUACAUUGACUGUUUGCUUCCAGUUCGAUCUUGCGUUGAAAGAUUUUAAAGAAGGCAGAGAUAUAAAGAAAAUGGUGAGAGGUUUGUUAGGCAAAAUCGCCGGUCGCUCGCUCUCCGCCGCUGGGAAAUGGCAGCAGCAACAGCUCCGCCGUCUCAACAUACAUGAGUAUCAGGGAGCGGAGUUGAUGAGCAAACAUGGAAUAAAUGUUCCAAAAGGUGUGGCCGUUGGUUCUGUCGAUGAAGUUAGGAAGUCGUUGCGAGAAGUGUUUCCUAAUGAGAGUGAGGUGGUUGUGAAGUCUCAAAUUCUUGCUGGUGGUCGAGGGCUGGGGACAUUCAAGAGUGGUCUCCAGGGGGGAGUUCAUAUCGUAAAGGCUGAUCAAGUUGAGGAUAUAGCUGGGAAAAUGCUCGGUCAGAUACUUGUUACUAAGCAAACUGGGCCUCAAGGAAAAGUUGUCAGCAAGGUGUAUUUGGCUGAGAAGCUAUCCCUAGUCAAUGAGAUGUAUUUUGCAAUUACUCUUGAUCGCAUCUCUGCUGGUCCUAUUAUUAUUGCCUGUAAAAAGGGAGGAACCAGUAUUGAAGAUCUUGCAGAGAAACACCCCGAGCUGAUUGUAAAGGUGCCUAUUGACGUUUUCACAGGAAUUACUGAUGAUGAUGCUGCCAAGGUAGUUGAUGGUCUGUCACCCACAGUGGCUGAUAGAAAUGCUUCGAUUGAACAAGUGAAGAAGCUGUACGAACUUUUCUGCAAAUGUGAUUGCACGCUGUUGGAGAUCAAUCCUAUUGCCGAGACUGCGGAUAAGCAGUUGGUAGCUGCUGAUGCAAAACUAAACUUUGAUGAUAAUGCUGCUUUCCGCCAGAAAGAGAUUUUUGCUCUUCGGGAUCCUACCCAAGAAGAUCCUCGUGAGGUUGCUGCAGCAAAAGCCGAUUUGAAUUACAUUGGCUUAGACGGAGAAAUUGGUUGUAUGGUAAAUGGUGCUGGGCUGGCUAUGGCAACAAUGGACAUUAUUAAGUUACAUGGAGGAACACCUGCCAAUUUUCUUGAUGUUGGGGGAAAUGCUUCUGAAGGCCAGGUUGUGGAAGCCUUUAAAAUUUUGACAUCUGACGAGAAGGUGAAGGCUAUACUUGUCAACAUUUUUGGUGGGAUUAUGAAGUGUGAUGUAAUAGCGAGUGGGAUUGUGAAUGCUGCGAAACAGGUUCAACUGAAAGUACCCGUGGUUGUCCGUCUCGAAGGCACCAAUGUCGAUCAAGGAAAGAGGAUUCUGAAGGAAAGUGGCAUGACUUUGAUUACGGCUGAAGAUUUGGACGAUGCAGCUGAAAAGGCUGUCAAAGCCAUAUCAAGCUGAAGAAACUCUCGUCUUUUUUUCCCGGAGUACAUUGGUUGCAGUCAACUUUUCCUUGUUUUCAUGUUUUUUUGGGGUUAAGAUAUUAUAUAAAUCGAUCCACUUGAAAAUCGAAACAGAUGGUUUCGAAACCAUUUUGGUUUUGGUCUCCAUUGUUUAUGGAGAAUAUUUCCGGUCAUUCUUGAUUUCUUAUAAAGAAAAGUAGCUUUCUGAUCCUAUCCCUAACCACAAUCACCUUGUGGUACUUAAUUUCUGAAGAGACAGACAAGGCUAUUAUUCUUCCCGUAUCAAUAAAUAUUUUUGCCUGUUUUCUGUUUGUGUUGUGAAU